GCUCAAGAGGGGCCGCGCUCGACGCUGGCAGCUUACGCUCGUGGGCUUCUCGGCUCGAGGGCUCAUGCAGGCGCUCGUAUUUUUCGUCUGCCAGCUGGCCGCUUGGUCAGUCGCGUUCGAGUGUUCCACUGGGUGGCCCGAUGACGUCUGUCCAGCGGAAGGGUCGAAAUUGGAAGGCUGCACUUCCGAUGGAUAUCCAGUCCUUCCGCAGAGUCCAGACUGGAUUCAGCUGCGCACCCGUUUGAUCGAGGCAAUGUUUGGGCAGCCCCAGCUCCCAAACCAGACACGCCCAAGCAAGAUAUCGACUUCGACAGCCAUGCAUCAGUUUCCCGACUGCCUUUACUCAGUCUGGGGCAACGGCUCCAAGGAUGCAUGCGCAAGUGCUGUGAAUGUGACCGAGUUAACUUGGAUAAUGGAUGCCAAAGUCAAUGCAAGUUACACGCUGGAAUUGCAGUCUAGAGUCUACAUCACUUUUAAUACCUCAGGCAUUGCACCCAACUAUUGGAUCGACCAGGUAGAUCAACCGUCGGAGCCUGCAAGACCUCGUCAAGGGACAACGCUGGUGGUGUUUCACAAUGGUCAUGGCACUUCGAAGGGUUGUCCCACAUUUGGAGACACAGAUGGCGUGGCAGACUGGCUCAAUCAGAUGGGGUUCGAUGUUGCAAUGGUGAUGAUGCCCUUCCACGACUGCAACAACCAGCCCUCGGGUCCACAUGACCAUGCAUGGUUCAAAGCCUUCCAGGAUGAUGGGCUCCCCUGGGUCCGCUUUUUCCUUGAACCCGCCAUAAAUACAAUCAAUUAUGCAAAAAGUGUGAUGGGCUACGAGAAGAUUGUGAUGAUGGGCUUGAGUGGAGGAGGCUGGUCGACCACCUUGGUGGCGGCAGUAGAUCCUCGCAUCGUGCUGUCCAUACCAGUGGCCGGAUCCAUGCCGUGCGAUUUCCGCCACACGUCAUGGGAUUUUGAGCAGUUCUGUGACAACGAUUGGGCUCGUAUUGGCAACUACACGGCUUUGUAUGUGCUUGCAGCUCUAGAAUCUCACCGCGCAAGCUUGCAAAUGCUGCAUGAGGCUGACCCUUGUUGUUUCCAUGGCUGUGGUCGUCACGAGCGCAUCAGAGAAUAUAAUGAGUACGUCCGCUCUAAGGCCAAGGGGCAAUUCCGGACAGUCGUCACAGAAGGGAAUCUUCACCAAGUCAACCCGAGAGAGAAAACUAUUGCAGCAUGGCUUAUUGAGAAGGUGCAUCGGAAUUUGAACAUCACGGCCGCUGAUCUGAAUUCACCAUUCAGCAUACUCUCUACCCCAAUUUCUGAUACGAGUGUUAUCGUUUAGAUUAGGGUGCUGGCGUUUUCCAGUAGUCCUCCAGUUGGCGACAUUCAAACCAAAUUGGGAUGCCAUCGAGUCGUUUGGAAUACAGAGGAAACUCAAUGCCAUGAUGCGGAUCCCCGAAGGCAGCAUGAUGUUUGAAGCGUGAGUAUCUGUCGAUCAGCCCCGCUUGUGCCAGUUGUGUUGGUCCAGGCGUUUCAACCUCCAACCUCGAAGACAACAGCUACAGCUCGGGGUCCCAGACGUUUUUUCCUUCACAGCCGUGCCAGCGAGCCUCAACCCCUUCCACGAGACAGCCAACAGCACCCUACGCUGCA